CAGCCAGCUGGCAGUGCAGUAGGGCUGCCUGCUUUCCCUGCCUCCUCCUCCUCUACAGAGCGGAAAUCUCCACGUGCUGUGUUCUGACGCGCACCUCAAACCAGCUAUGAGACAAGUUUUUUAGCCUGUGUGCAUGAACUGGAGUCUUGGAGGGAUUGAUAGAAUUUGCAAAGACGGAAAGUCCAGGUGCUUUCAGGGACCAUGGAGAACAUGUGCUGAGACCAAGUGCCAGGCAGGAGCAGCGGCAGGCUGGUGAAGAUGGAGAAUGGCACAGGGGAAGAGCAGAACCAAACUGGGCUGCUGCUGUCAAGCCAGGAGAUCGUUACAGCUGAAUACCAAGUGGUUACCAUCCUCUUGGUCCUCCUCAUCUGUGGACUGGGCAUCGUGGGCAACAUCAUGGUGGUCUUGGUGGUCCUCAGAACCAAACACAUGAGAACUCCCACUAACUGCUAUCUGGUGAGUCUGGCUGUAGCAGAUCUCAUGGUGCUUGUGGCUGCAGGACUACCCAAUAUCACAGAAAGUCUGUACAAAUCCUGGGUGUACGGCUACGUGGGGUGCCUCUGCAUCACGUAUCUCCAGUACCUAGGGAUCAAUGCUUCUUCUUUUUCCAUCACUGCUUUCACCAUCGAGAGAUAUAUAGCUAUCUGCCACCCAAUCAAAGCUCAAUUCCUAUGCACAUUUUCAAGAGCUAAAAAGAUCAUUAUUUUUGUCUGGGCUUUCACCUCUGCAUACUGUAUGCUCUGGUUUUUCCUGCUAGAUCUCAAUACAGUUGUCUACAAAGACACGACUGUUGUGUCUUGUGGCUACAGGGUUUCCAGGAGCUAUUACUCUCCUAUCUACAUGAUGGACUUUGGUAUAUUUUAUGUUUUGCCAAUGGUACUGGCAACUGUCCUCUAUGGCCUGAUUGCUAGAAUACUGUUCCUGAAUCCCAUCCCUUCGGACCCAAAAGAAAGCUCAGUGACAUGGAGGAAUGACGUGGCUCACCAAAACAAGACUGUGAAUUCCAAGAUGACUAACAAGAGUUUCAAUAGCACUAUUGCUUCUAGAAGGCAGGUUACCAAGAUGUUGGCUGUGGUGGUAGUCCUCUUUGCGUUUCUGUGGAUGCCCUAUCGAACACUCGUGGUUGUCAAUUCCUUUCUCUCCAGUCCCUUCCAAGAAAACUGGUUCCUGCUAUUUUGCAGAAUCUGUAUUUAUUUAAAUAGUGCCAUCAAUCCUGUAAUUUACAAUCUCAUGUCCCAGAAAUUCAGAGCAGCCUUCAGGAAACUCUGCAACUGCCAUCUGAAACGGGACAAGAAACCUGCCAACUACGGUGUGGCCCUAAAUUAUAAUGUCAUCAAAGAGUCUGAUCGCUUCAGCAGUGAACUAGAAGAUAUUACUGUCACCAAUACCUAUCUGUCCUCUGCAAAAACAUCCAUUGGAGACACAUGUUUGUCAUCUGAGGUAACAGACAAUGCCUUUUAAUAUUUGGCCUGAUACCCACCUUGUUCUGAAUAUGCAGUCAUAUGAAUCCUUCAGAUGAUUUCUUUGCACCAACAUGUAUGAAAUAUAAAGGCAUUUCUGCUCACCUAAUAGCAGAAUUUACCAUAUAUCUCUACAUACUUGACAGCACCGUGCAAGAAAACACAGUUUCUUGGGGAGUUAAUACAAUACACUGCUGAAUCUAAUUGAAUGAAACACUAAACAAAACUUUAAGAGGUGGGUGGACUUCAGUGGAAUACGCAAUUACUUAACCUCAUAUUGUGCUCUCCAAAACAGCAAGGCUGUUCAGGACAUCUCUGCAGACAAAGAGAGAGACUGGGAAACUGAAAGAACUGGCCUCCUACAGGCUGCUAUGUGUCCUGGAAGGACUCACACCACACUGGGUAGCACCAUCAGGGCCAUGUCUGAGAACAGCCAGAGCCGCUACUUAUGGCAGUAAUUGUCCUCCAUUGACUCCAUCCUCCCUCAGAAAUGCAGAUCUAAUUGUAGGCAUCAUAACACGCUUCAAAAAAAAA